CAUCCUGGAUUUGGGCCUCCCCUUGUCCCCUUCCUCCAUCUCAAUAAUUUCCUCUCCAGCCUUCGUCCCGACCGCUGUCCGCAUGGUGCUUAGGUCGGAACAUCCUAGGAGACUGAGAAGCCCGCUCUCUUCGUCCUCCCUACCCAUCGCUAUCAUAGCCUCCUAAGUCCUCACUUCUCCAUGGCUCCGCCGCAAACGCCCCGGCCGAAUCCCGGUUCCACAAUGUCCGAUCCUGCGUCGACAUCCAUCCCUGCACACGCCACGAACGGCGAGGCCCAUGCGCCCAACGACCACCACCACCACCCCCAACUUCCCUUAUCAGACUCCAAACCCGUGUCGGUUAACCGCAAGAAGCAAAAACGCAGACAAAAACAGGCCGCCCGCUUGGCUGCGGAGCGUCAGUUCGGAAACGGCCACAUCUCCGCGGACAUGUCUGAGCAGAACGGUCUGAGCCCUACCGCGCCAGCGUCUCAUGUAUCCGACGAGCACGACCUCGACGAACGCGCCAACGGCGAAACGUACUAUGAGGAAAUUCACGACGCGACACAUGAUCUGGACGACCACCCGCCGAGUCUGUCAAACGGGCAACCGGGACAACAAAAUGCCACGGCUCGAAAAUCUAAGAAGAAGAAAGGAAAGAAGAAUCGGGCCGGCUCGCAGACCAUGGGCGAUGAAAGUUCGACACCACUGUCCACUCCUUCUGUCUCCAUGUCACAGCAUCUGCCCCCGCCGUUACCGCCGCAUCUGCCUCAUACGCUUCUGAAGACGAGUAAGGACCGCAGCAUUUGGAACACCUCCACGCAAGAAGAGCGAGAGAACAUCAAGACGUUCUGGCUUGAGCUUGGGGAGGAGGAGCGACGCCAGCUCGUCAAGGUGGAGAAGGAUGCGGUCUUGAAAAAGAUGAAGGAGCAGCAGAAACACUCGUGCAGUUGUACCGUAUGUGGGAGGAAAAGGACGGCCAUCGAGGAGGAAUUGGAAGUACUAUACGACGCCUAUUACGAGGAGUUGGAACAGUACGCCAACAACAACCAAGGCUCGUUCGAGAAGGGCCCGCCCAUGGUCCCGCCUCCACGUCUAUACCACCCACCUCUACGAUCACCCGGUCAACAUACACGGACGCAAGGCCAAUUUCAUCCCUCUCGAGGCCGAAUUCAUGAGUUGCCGGAAGACGACGAGGAUCUGGAGGAGGACUACGAUGAAGAUGAUGAGGAUGACGAGCCGUACAGCGACGACGAUUACGAAGACGAAGAGACUCGUGCAGCCCGCGCGGAUUUCUUCGCCUUUGGGAAUAGUCUAACUGUGAAAGAUGGCAUCCUUACAGUCGCGGACGAUCUGUUAAAGAACGACGGGAAACAUUUCAUCGACAUGAUGGAGCAAUUAGCUGAGCGCCGAAUGCAACGUGAAGAGGAUACCCAGUACGGCAUAGCAGCAGCACACCAAUCCCUCCAUGGCGGCCACAACCACGGUCCUCUAGAUGACGACGAUUAUGACGAGGAAGAGGACGAGGACUACGAUAGUCAGGAAGAUGAAGAUUAUGAGGAGGAUGAAAUGGACGCCAUGACGGAAGAGCAACGCAUGGAGGAAGGCCGACGGAUGUUUCAAAUAUUUGCGGCCCGAAUGUUCGAACAGCGCGUCUUGACAGCCUAUCGAGAAAAGGUCGCAGAACAACGUCAGCAGAAACUGAUCGAGGAACUCAUGGAGGAACAAACGCGGAACGAGCAGCGAAACGCCAAGAAAGCGCGGGAAGCUCAGAAGAGGAAGGAUAAGAAGAAGCUCCAAAAGCAGGCCAAGGAGGAAGAGAAGGCGCGAAGGGAGGCGGAGAAGGCGGCCGAGGAAGCUGCGGCCAAGGCUGAACAGGAGAAGAAGCUGGAAGAGCAGAGGAGGAAGCGCGAGGAACAAAAGAAGAAGCGAGAGGCAGAACGCAAAGCCCAAGAAGCGGAGCGUCUCCGUAAGGAGGCGGAGAAGCAAAAGCGGUUGCGCGAAGAAAGAGAGCGACAGGCUGAGAUUGAAAGAAAGCAGCGAGAGCAGAAGGAGCUGGAGAAGAAGCGACGAGAAGAAGCGCGGCAGAACGACCUGCGGGAGAAGAAGACGAAGGAUGAGCGAGAACGUCAAGUCAAGGAUGCGCAGACACGUCGGGAGGCCGCCCCCAGGACUGAGUACGAAGGUCAGGAGAAACGCGAUCCCCAAGCGAAACGAGUGUCGCAUACAGGACCGGUUCCGAUCCCAGCCAGCUUGCAACACGCCCAAGCGCUCCCCGCAUACUUGCAGUCGCCGCACUACCAAAUCGCCACUCCGAUUGUCCCCAAAGCUCCGACACCUGCCAGGCCGCGGCAACCGUCUCAGCAGGGCUCCCAUACAUCGUCUCCGCGGUCCCAGCCUGCAAGCACCGAGCCAUCACAAGUAUCCAUUUCCCCACGAUCGAUGGCGCCGUCGCAGUCGUCAGGAGCGUCCAGCGUUACGUCCAAGCAGGGCCAUGGACAACAGCCGUUGCUUCACCACCCCCAGCCCUCGACUCCCCUGUCUCCCCUUGGUGCGUUGAACCGCUCUCAUCCACCCGGAUUCUCGCCAUCGAACCCGCCUGGAUUGGGCCUGGUCUCCCGUCCGCCGAUUGGUCACGAGUUACCUUCAUACCCGCCGCAUUCGGGCCCGCUGAUGAACCAACUGCGAGGAUUUCCUGCGCCAAAUGGACUGCCCGUGCUUCCAAGCAUGAACGGAACUCGUCCUAUGCCUCCGGGACGUGCCUUUCCGCUCGAUCCAGGACAUGGCCUAGCAUUCCAUCAGCAGCCCAUAACCAAUGCGUUCGCUGCGCAGCCGAGCGGGCUGUCUCAUGCUCAUUCCAGACAGCCGUCCAGCUCGUUUGAGCGGUCGCCUCUGGAUGCGCAUGCCUUCCCGAUCUCCCGGCCCAGCCCUAUCAAGCGCCCGUCAAGCACCCAACAAGACCAGAACAACCGGUCAGCGCAGCGCGAUGUGGACGAUCUAAGUGCGCAUCUGGGCAGCAGUGCUCUUCUCGAUGACAGUGAUGUUCCGUUUACUUCGAAUCUGUCCCAGUCGCUUCCUGGCGCGACUGCUCCUGGCACCUUCCCUGGACCGACCCGAGCCAGCUUUGCAGGAACGUCCCUCUUCGCAGAUCCCCUAGCAGCCAAGCAUAGUGGUUUCCCGAUUGGCCCGAGUGUAGGAAAUACGUGGAGUACACAGAUUCCCUUCGGCACGUCUCCUUUCCCCAGCGCUCCAACAUGGGGAACAGGACCUGGAAGUGGCUGGUCCAACAACGCAUUUGCUCCCGGCGGUCACCACCGUGCGCAUGCCUCUCGGCCCGUAACGAUACGACUGCUGGUCAUCCAAGCCUGCAAGCAACUCAACAUGAUGAGCCCUUCCAAGGGAGCCAGUGGGUACCAUGAUGUGAACGUUGUCCUUCGUCAGGUAAAUCAGCUACGGCCGGCCAAUGAGCCUCCGAUCUCGUUAAAGGAAAUGCUGGACAUCUGCGACACAGAAGGCAACACGCAGAACGGAGGCGGAUCGUUCUCGAUUAGGAGCGACGAAACGGGCGAAUGUGUCAAGUUCGAACCGGACACUAACAGUGCGUCCUCAGGUCACAGAGGCAGCAUUGUUCCAGGGGAAAUCGGCAGUCCGGUUCCUAGUAGCAGUCUUCCAGCGUUCGGCGGGAUCGGCUCAUCAACAUCAUCCGUGCUCCGACAGUUUUCUUCCCCUACGGGGUUCUAGGCUUCCAGUUGCAAUGGCACGAGAAUCAUUGAUGACAUCCUCACUUUCUUCCCUUUUCUGUCAUCUGCUCCCUCUCCAUCAAUUCCCUCCUACUCUACCGAAUGAAAGCAUCCAUCGUGUCAUCAAACCCU